GUCCUAUGUGAACAAGAACAGAUAGGGUAUAUUCAAUCUCUCUUCGUUCAUCUUGAUUUUGACCCCCGAAUUUACUUCUUGGACAUCAACAAUAAGUUUUAUGAGUUUAGCAGGAAAAGCUAAGCCUAAAGGCUUUAAUCACGGCAAAUAAGUUUCAAUCUCACAGCGUUCAUUUUAUAAUUUUAUUUUGACCUCUGCGUUUACUGCCCUUCGCGCUGGUCAGCUGCAAACAUUUUAUGAACACAGCAAACAAAGCAGAGGGUCUCAGUUAUAUAGAUAGCGGUAUUACUGAGAACAGUUUGACUGGAAAUAGUGUAAUAAGGAAAAUACAUGUCGUGGACGGAUUCCUGUGAUUGCCUAACAGUCAUUUUUGGCUUGCUAGUACUCGGCUUAUGCUGGUAUAUUUUAAAGAGGCCGAAAAACUUUCCACCAGGACCGUAUGGACUACCUUUAGUUGGUUAUGCACCGUUUUUGGAGAAUAAUCUUGCAGAUGAUUUCAUGAAAAUGAAGAAAAAAUAUGGUUCCGUCAUGUCUGUUCAAAUUGGACGUAAAGACUGGGUGAUACUGAAUGAUUUCGACACCAUAAAUGAGGCAUUUUUGAAGCAAGGAGAAGCGUUUUCAGGUCGACCGAAUAACUUUUUUCUUAAAAUAAUCGCACAAGGACGAGGUGUUGUCGCAAGAGAUUAUGGGCCGGGAGUGAAAAUCUUACGAAAAUUUGGACUAAUGACUCUGCGAGGAUUUGGUGUCGGAAAGAAAGGAAUGGAAAGAAAUGUGGUUGAAGAAACUGAAUUGUUGGUAGAAAGUCUGACUUCGAAAAACAAUAAUAAUCUGCAUGGUAAAAUUACUUUGGCUGUAUCUAACAUCAUUUGUCGAAUUGUAUUCGGAUCAAGAUUUGAAUAUGAAGACAAGAAGUUUCACCGUAUGCUUGAAAUUUUAGCAAUGUUCUUUGCGAACACAUCCGACGCUAAAAUGUUAGCUUUGAUGUCAAUCGCUCCCAUACUCCGAUUUAUACCACCGUUUCGUGGAGCAUUGAAGCGUGCUAUGGAUGGCGUCGAUGAACUUACAGGAUAUAUACGUGAAAUCAUCGAAGAACACAAAUCGAGCUUUGAUGAAAAUGAUAUUCGGGAUUUUAUUGACGCUUUUCUCAAAGAAAUGAGGUCGAGAGAUAAGAAUGACCCAAAUUUUAAUAAUAUCCAGCUAAUCCAAUAUAUCCGGGAUUUAUUCGAAGCUGGAACGGGAACAACAACGAAUACUUUACGUUGGGCAAUUUUGUGCUUUGCCAAUUAUCCAGAAUACCAAGAAAAAAUUGCAAAGGAGAUUGAGAACGUUUUGGGGGAAGGUGGAAUUCCGUCCAUGAAGCACAGAGAUGAUAUGCCGUACACUUGUGCAUUUAUACAAGAACUUAUGCGACAUCGAACUCUGAUACCUUUGAGUGUAUUUCAUAAAACAAACGAGGAUGCGACGUUAAAAGGUUAUAAUAUCCCUAGAAAUACAACGGUAUGUUCGAACAUUUGGUCAGUUCAUUUUGAUCCCCGUCAUUUCGAAAAUCCGAGAGAAUUUCGUCCCGAGAGAUUUCUCGACCGUGACGGAAAAUUCAUCAAAUCAAAUCACGUGAUACCAUUUUCCAUCGGCCCUCGACAUUGCCUGGGGGAACAACUGGCAAGGAUGGAGGUGUUUAUAUUUUUAACAGGAAUUGUUCAGAAACUAGGAGUUGUACGCAAACCUAACGAGACCCUUCCACCUUUUGAUGUUGGUGUGUUCAAAGUUAUAACGUACAAAGCCCUAGAUUUUGAGGUGAAUUUUGAAAAACGCUAAUUGGUGAAAACUUUGCAUUGAGAUUAAUUUAAUACGUCAAUGACUUGAAUAAAAUCAUGAGUUUCAAUCUAUGA